AUGGUUGAAGUACUAGAAUAUCUUUAUAUAGGCGAUAAAAUAGACGCAUAUAGAGAGGAUACUCUAAAUACACUCAAUAUUAAAUACAUAGUUAAUUGUGCCUAUGAAGUAGAAAAUAAAUUUGAAAAGAAAAAAAAUAAACCAUUUAAAUACUUUUCAAUCAAAGCAAAUGAAAGCGGAAGAUUUAAAUUAAUAAAUUACUUUAAGAGCUCUGGAUUAUUUAUAGAUAAAGCUAGAAAAUAAAAGGAAGGAGUUUUGGUUCAUUGUGCAUAUGGAAGAAAUAGAAGCGCCACUAUAAUUAUUGCAUACUUGAUGCAGUAUAAUAAAAUGAAUCUUUAAGAAGCUCAUAGCUUUCUUGAAGAAAAAAGACCAGAAAUAAUGAUAUAAGAAUGUAAUGUUUAGCAGCUUAUAAAAUUUGAAAAGCAGCUAUAAGGAUAAACAUGCUGUCAAAUAUUUUGA